GCGAAAUUCGCGAAGCCGUUCUCUUCAAACAUCAUAUCCCGUUUAGCAUUGGGGUCUCGCUGUAGCCACCAACGAUUGUCAAUAGUUCACUGCACGGAAGACGUCAGCUAAUUUCCUACCUCAAUCACAUAUAGCCCGCCUUGUGUAUCGUGUGCCCCCAUACUCUGCUACCCCAUGCUCUGGCUUGCGACGUGCUGCACUGUUCUAGCAGUGGCGAGCGUAGCUUGGAGGAGGCCGGAAAUGACGUCAGCUUCCGGAAGCGAUUACUACCUCUAGAAUGUUCCAUGCUUCUACUUAUUCGCGUUGCUCUCGAGCAGUUGGCAAUAUUCGCCUUCCAACCGCGAGGGCCUAAUUUGCUGCAAGAACGUCCGAUUGAGGUUCUCGUCCUUCGUCUGAUUUUCCUUUGCUCGCUCUGUCGACUUGGGUGUAAAUUCCAACUGCAAAACAAGUAUUAUUCUCCGCGGAAAGUGCAGGGCUUUAGUUGAGAAAUUUCAGAACAGGAGCUUCGGACAGACGGGCGAGAAUGGCUUCUUUCACUACGCCGCUAAUCACGGACCUCAACGUGCACGCACUGAUAUUAGAAGCGAGAAGGGCGAACGGGGUUCACGUCUAUCUAGACCAACCACACACCGCUGACAAUGUCAACCAGAGUUAUGGCACUACUAUUGCGGACCUAUCCAAGACAGCGUCAAAGAAACUGACCCUCACGUCCCUUGUGCGCGCAACUGAAGAUAACCCCAACAUCGCAUUCGGGUUCCGAAACCAUGAAGCGACACUGGAGAUAGAAGUUGGCAUGCCACAAGACAUGAUACCGUACGGAUCAACUCUUCAGAAUGGAAACUCGAGCAAGACGUCCUUUGCUGAUGCCAUAACGUGGAAAGGCGGGGUAUUCAAGGUCUUCACACUGCACUUUACCUAUCCGCAUGAGAGCAGCGACAGCGCCGACGUAACCGUCGAAAUAGACGGGGUGUCGUCAGGCGGCAAGUCCACCUUCCAGGCCGAGGAUGGGCUCAAGUCCGUUGCAGAAACUUUGUUCAACCACGUUACCAAUUUCGCCAGAGCGGUUGUGCUGGAGCACCACAUAUUAUACAGAGGAAUAACAGCCGCCUUGCCGAGAGACCCAGAUAAGGAGUUGAUUUCAACUUCAGUAGGGAACAAGGGUCACUUACCUUCAAUGAGUACGGGAGGAUGGGCUGUAAUUGUUGGAUCCUACAUUGAUGCGAAUCAAAAGUACGAUGGGAUUAUGGUGGGUUACUAUCGCACUGAGUGCUACCGUCACGUAUUCUCCAAGCACAAGACCAAGGGCGUGGAUGUCGUCUUCCGUCUCUCGGUGACAGAAAUGGGUGUCCGAGUAGUCACUGAGGAUGAAAGCAAAUACAUAAGAGGCAAGAGACUUGACAACGCGUUCAUCGCGGUUGUUCUAGAUAACAUCGACAUCAAGAACUUGGAGAUGCACACGGGCAGAGCCCUCUGGACGUCACAAAUCAGGGAUGCGUCCUUUUAAUUGCAUGAACACGUCGUUAUACGUUACCUCAACCAAGCGGAUAAUAAAAACACGAAUAAAAGCAUCAUGC